UGUUUAUUAAGAGAGGGAACCGCCCUGUUUUGGUUCAUAACUGCUUACCUUGUCUUCUUCGUGGCUCUCUCUGAGAGAGAGAGAGAGAGAGAAAGACUCCGUAUCAAGUAUCAAGCGUGAGAGGAUUAGGGCAAUAUUUAGUAUUCGCUCUUAAGCUCUUGCUCCUCCCUUUCCUUUUUAAUUUUUAUGAAAGAAGAGGAAACUCCCUUCUCUCUCUCUCUCUCUGAUUUCCAAGUCUCACUCUCCCGCUUCGAUUUGCAGGUCUAUUAGUAUAAUACAAGUCAGUGGAUCCCACCUUCAGAGUAUCAUCAGUUGGAAGAGUUGGAAUACAUUGGCACAGCACAGAGUCCAUUGGAAGGAAGAUAGAGAAGAUCAGAGAAUGGCGAUUGAGGGUCGCGGGCAGAGGAGAAAACCCCACUUCUUCAAACCCUUCCUUCCCAAUUCGUAUCGACAGCUCGCAAUUCCCAAAGCGUUUCUCAAGCAUCUAGCUGGUGAGAAUUGCGAAGAUGGACAAGAAAUCAUAUUGAGAAACCAACACUGCAAAGACAAAUCAUGGCCUGUGAAACUGAAUGGAUUUUGUUUUAAAGAGGGUUGGAGUGAUUUUGUUAGAGAUCAUGGACUCUCUCUUGGGGAAUUUGUGGUUUUUGGGCAUGAAGGUGGCUUAGUUUUCGAUGUUAUUGUAUUUGGCCAUUCUGCAUGCGAGAAGAAACAGUACCCAGCUCUUUAUAUUAAUAUAGAAGAUGAUAACAGAGUGGAGGAGCAAGAAAUCAAAGUGAGUUCUGUUCCUCUAAGUGGCCGAGUCAUAACCCGUCUCAUGACUCGUUCUCAGCAAAGAGAGGCAGCCAUGACUAGUUCCAACAGACAAGCUUCUUGUGAGGACCUAGGAAAGCAAUCAGAAGUCAAGAGGCCUCUAAGUGGCCAAGUCAUAACCCGUCCCAUGACUCGUUCUCAGCAAAGAGAGGCAGCCAUGACUAGUUCCAACAGACAAGCUUCUUGUGAGGACCUAGGAAAGCAAUCAGAAGUCAAGGGGCCUCCAAGUGGCCGAGUCAUAACCCGUCCCAUGACUCGUUCCCAGCGAAGAAAGACAGCCAUGACUAUUUCCAACAGACAAGCUUCUUCUGAGGACCUAGGAAAGCAAUUCGAAAUCAGGAGGCCUCAUAGGAGGAAGCCGUCCAUUCCCAAAACCUUUAGGAGAUCUAAUGGUUUGACCAGAAAAAUCUUCAAAGUGAUCAUCAGAGAUCAAAAGGGAAGGUUGUGGCCAGUGAACUUAUGCGACAAUGGGAACAAAAUGGGAAGUGGAUGGUUAGAGUUUGUGACUGCAAAUUGCUUGAAAGAAGACACUUGUAUUUUCAAGAAAAAGGACUCAGUAAAAAGAAGUAAUAGAGGUGCAAUUGUGCUUGAUUUUACUGUAUCUGGAUCCAAGAAUAGAAGGGCUCUUGUGAAAAAGGACGAACAGAUUGAGCCCACUAAUCCAUCAUUUGAGAAGAGUAUCUCGCUAUUCAUUUUUAAAGCGCAUUGUUUGUAUAUCCCAAAGUAUUUUGCAACAUCGAACGAUCUUAUGGGGAAAAGUUACGAGACAAAAAUCACAGAUGGAAAGGGAAGGUCAUGGAGAGGGCAACUGAAACAUAGGAAGAGCGAUGACGUAGUCUACAUUACAAGUGAUUGGACUCAGAUCUUCACUUCAAAUGGCUUGAAGGCACAUGAUACCUGCACUUUGGAGCUCACUCGCAGAGGAAAGGGGAAACUCAUGGAGUUCUCCUUGCUUUGAAUCAGGCCAUGAAAAGAGUUCACAAAACCUUAGCUAAGUAUGGAAGAAACCCAUCUCUACAACCAAUGUAAACCAAUGGAUUUCAAUACCCAAUAGAUUAUGACUUGGAUUUUGUUUCUCAAAUCUAAAACAAAAUGUCUAUGCUUUAACAAGAACCAUUUCUACAUUUGAAGCAUCAAGAAAUUC